AUGUCAAGUACAAGUUUCCUUGAUUUCCAAUACAACCUCUCAAGGAGAAAAUACUUGAGGAAGCCAUCACGUCUGUUCUCCCGUGACAGGCAGAACUCUGGGCUGAAGAGUGUAUUUCUUCAGCCUAACUCUGAUGAGAUGAAGCAUGUGUUUGACAAAUUUGAUUCAAAUAAAGAUGGGAAAAUUUCUCAACAGGAGUACAAAGCCACCAUGAAGGCUCUAGGCAUGGGGGACUCGGUUCAUGAAGUGCCAAAUAUUUUCAAGGUGGUUGAUUUGGAUGGAGAUGGAUUCAUCAACUUCAAAGAAUUUAUGGAGGCUCAGAACAAGGGUGGUGGGGUUAGGACUAUGGAUAUACAGAGUGCCUUUCGGACGUUUGAUAGGAAUGGUGAUGGGAAAAUAAGUGCAGAAGAAAUUAAAGAAAUGCUUGGAAGGCUGGGAGAUAGGUGCAGCAUCGACGACUGCCGGCGAAUGGUGAGAGCUGUGGACACUGACGGAGAUGGCAUGGUUGACAUGGACGAGUUCACUACCAUGAUGACGCAUUCCCUCAGACACGUUUGA